ACCCACCACCAGCACAAGCGACGUCAUCUUCAAAUCUUCCAGCUUCAACAACAUCAACAUCUUUUCCGCCCUUAUUUUCCUCACUUAAUCUUGACGAUGUACUUCGUCCUACUGUACUACAUUCUGAUCCAUUAUUUCCCUCCUCUACUUUAUCACAAUUACAGUCAUCGUCAUCGCCACAACAGCAGUCUACCAGGACCAUAAUGUUUCCAUACAUUUUUAACGACUACAUUUCAAAUCUUUACAAUUUCACCACAAAUGUCCCUAAUAGUUUUCUCACAUUUAUCCACAGCCUAUUACACUAUUCGAGUACCGAGAUGCUCGAGCUCCUGUUGUCGAAUUUGAUGUUGAGCCCGGAAGAAUGGAUACGGUCUGAUACCCAAAUCUUGUACUUGUGUGCUUUGUUGGGGCCGGUGUUUUAUCGAAUGGAUAAAGCUCCGUAUAUAAAAGAGUUCCUGUUAAAUAUAUUGCACCUGCUUCAUCAUGUCACCUCAUCGAAUAUGCGUACUGAAGAUAUCACUACUGGACAGAGUACUCUGGCACUUGAGCAAAUCUAUGAUUUUUUACAUCAUGUGAAACCACUGAUUGCUUCAGAUCAUCAUGUCAUUUUACGUAUCCAGAAUAUUGUGCGGCUUAUGAAACCGUCCAUUCAAAAUCGGUUAUGUGGUUUAAAAAAACAAGAUCUUGAGGCAUUGAGAGUAAGUUUUCACCCAGCACCAUUUGAGAAUCUUGUCCCUCCUGCCGCUCAAGAUACGAUUACUUUCCCGGAGAAAUAUGUCCUCCCUCAAAUCGACCGUAACAUACUUGCCUCGCUGAAUAUUGAUAACCUCGAUAAUACAAACAAAAUUAUGGAUGCUUCUGUCAAGACAUUCAUCGCAAAAAUGAAACGUGUCUAG